AUGAUCCAGUCCUAUAUCAACAAAUGCCUCCAACAGAUUCUCACAAUCAGUAGUUUGAUAGAGUGUAAAACACUGACCCAAGGAAAUGGGCAAACAAAGAGCAAAUGCAAAUUCAGAUCAGAGAAGAAAAUGAGAAGGGUUGACACACACUGUGGAAAGAGGUAUCCAGGUUUUGAGACUGUUCAACAAAACCCCAUAGUUUUAUCGCCGCUGAGAAAAAACAAAAUCCCAAAAGGGCGUAAAGACACUGAAGCCACCCGUACAUCAACCACCCCAUCGGCAGCACUACUUCAUGAUACAGUGGAAGACACAGAGACCAGCUUUGAUGAGUUAGAUGGAAAGUUUGGAGCAACAGUGGCAAGGAUUGUUCAAGAAGUAACAGAUGACAAGAUGCUGCCAAAACAGGAGAGGAAGCAACAGCAAAUCUUGAAAGCACCACUGUGUAGUCACCAAGCCAAACUUGUGAAAUUGGCAGACAAGCUAUAUAAUUUAAGAGAUCUCAACCGAAGCACUCCUGUAGGAUGGUCUGAGCAGCGUGUUCAGGAGUAUUUUAUAUGGGCAGCCCAGGUGAUAAAAGGUUUGCGAGGAACCAGUGCAACACUUGAAGAAAAACUGAAUCAACUUUUUAAAGAGCGGGGAAUUGAGAUGUAAUUUCCAAAAACUGAGACUGCGGCUAACAACAAAAGAGGAAAUAGAAAAGUUCAAAACAGUGUCUAGAAAUUCAUUUUCCUUUUCAAUACGUGCCUUGUGAUGAUUUAUUAUAUGAAAAUUACUAUAUAAAAUAGUACUAGUACUUCUGUGUUGACGGUGAAAGUGUUGCAGAAGCAGUUCCCUGGUCUCACACACCUGAGGCCUGCAUGUUAGAAAAUUCAGCACCCAGUUCCGGAGAGAGAUGUUCACUCCCAGGUCUUUAAGCUUUGUUGCCAAUAAGUGGGAGACAAUGGUGUUAGAGAAAUGUAACUGUGUUCAAAUAUCAUGUCAAUACAUGAAUUUGUGAAAUAAAUAUUGUUCAUGUUGGAUGUCA